AUGCGAGUUGUUUCACAGCCAACGCUGCCGGGAACACGAACCCGCAGCGGCUCUAUAACAUGUCCGAGGUCACGCUCUUCGGCGCGCUGGGUAAGUGUCGAGAGCUCUGUUACUCUGCAAUUGACUGACCACGCACAUGAAGAGUGCAUUCGAUCGUCUCUGGCCAAGACUCGCAGUAAAGGUUUCUCAGAUCUCAAGUACAUUUUGAGGCACAACCAGAAUAGCUCCAAGGUCACCGGACUAGACGAUGCCUCUUUUCACUCGAUAUUCGAAACGCUAUUUCAUGCAGCGGUUGGCGAGCAAUCCACGGCCGCCAAAGCCAAAACAAAUGCAACUCAGAAGUCUGCCGUCACUCGGUUGUCCGAUUUAGCCAGCGCAUUGAGGCAUGCCGUCGAAGCUGGUGCCCCUUUCAUCAGGGCCAAGACUGCGCGAGCUGUACUCGAUCAUGUUGCGGACACCAUUCAGCUUCCCAAUGGAAGCUUUUGCGAGCCCAUCGUCUUGGACUAUGCGAAAUGCAUGCGAGCAGUCCUGAGCCAUCAGCCACAUGUUGAGCAUAUGAAUCGACCUUCGUCAACGGACCCCAAUCAAAAGGAUUGGGAAAGAAUCGCGGACUUCUGUACUCGAUGCAUACAGCAGGCGGUCGCCGAAACCAAUGAAGAAGACUUUCCCGGAGAUAAUGAUGCGACUUCCACGAUUGGCACGAUGAACACAUUGAGCUAUCGAUCAUCGCGUUCGGCUCUACGAGAAUCUGACGGCUCGCAGGGAACACAGCAGACGCUACGUAUGGUUGCCGACGAGCUGAUUGGCUGCUUGCGAGCUUUGACUGCUGCUCCCAACGCUCCUCUGCAACGAAAAGCAGAACCUUUACUCUGGCUGCUUGUCGAGCACCUCAGGGUUGCGGCCUCGACACCUCGGUCUCAUGAAGACGCUUUCACGGCCAUCAACCAAUUGCUCUGCUGGACGCGAACGGAAGACACUAAAGUUACCCAGGAUGCAACGCCACAUUUGAUACGUCUGGUAAAGAACUACUGGACUGCUAAGUCGCCUGCUCUUCAGUCGAUGACAGACACCAUUCUCUUACUUCGUCCUUACAUUUUCAGGGCGAUCGGCGAAAGUGGAGGACUGGGUCUUCGGGCAGAGCUUUCCGGGCUCCUGCAAGCCAUCCAAGGAGAGUACUCCAAGCGUCAGGAGCGAGAUCACCAGAAGCAAUUGAGCCUAGACGACGUUCGAAUGGAGAUCAACCCAAUGGAAAUUUCUGAGGCUGGCAAGGUCGGCAUCGCUUUGUUCACUCUCCAGUCUUCGGACGCACGCUCGAACGCAGAGUGCAAUUGGACACUGGUGUAUCUUCUUGCAUCCCUGACAAACGCACUAAUGUCUACGAACCAUUCCAACUACCAGCUCAACAGCGAUGAUGAACCCGACGAUGGUAGCGAACAUCGUCCCGCAAAACGCAGACGUCGUGACGACCAUGAACACGGCGACGACUUCACGACCCUUUUGAAAGCCACCAACACUGGGCCUGCCCAAGCACGUAUAUGUGCACUGCAAACACUCUUCUUUCUCGUCCAGCAGCAAGCCAUCGAUCCAAUUCAGAUGGUCCGCGCAGUCGACACCGUCAUGGUUCUUUGUACCGAUGAUGGCAAUGGAGUCGCCUCGUGGGCGUACCUUGCCUUGGCGGGCUGUGCUUCGCAGAUAUCAGCAACAAGUCCGAAACUUGCAGACAGAUGGAUUGCUGUAUGGCAGAUAGCGAGCCGUGCUUUAAGUAGCGUCAGUGCUUGUCGAUCAGCUUCAUUCGCCCUGUACAUCAUGCUACAGCUUCGACUUGUGCCUCAUUCAAGCAUACACGAUCUCUUGCAGACCACCACCAACGCAAUGGACCUCAACGGACCUGCCCAAAUGUCAGACGCAGUGACGCUACUGUUGAGAGCUGUGUUGCAAUACUGCCAGCAGACAAACCCCGAGGCUGCUUGUUCGACCGCUGAGAGUAUCUUGGGAUGGUUGUCACGCACAUUUGUCCCGAGCAAGAUCGAUGACAAACAGACACCGUGCGAAGCGCUUGCUCUUACACAUUUGACCGCGGAGCUCACGCGAGCCAACGAGGCGUGGACGACUUCCGUGACAGAGCGUGCUCGGCAGCCCAGCCAGGACUCUUUCGCUAUGCUAUGCAAAGCCUGCUGCAUUGCCACGUGCGUCUCCUCAUGCUUCGAGUUCUCUGACUCACGCCGGGCAUCACAGUUGCGCAUUCAAUCCAACAAUCUGCUCCACGCUUUAGGCGAAUACGUUGCACGGCCGGGAUCAGAUCAGACCAAGGCGGACUGCUUCUUGACCACAUUCUCUGCUGUCAUGUCGGGAAUCACACGUAACGAUCAUUCUUGUGGGUCCCGUCGCACGAAAUGCGAAGCGGUGAUCUGCCGAACCAUCAAGAAAACUCUGGACACCAUUCAGGAAGCAGCACAUUUUGGCGAAGAAGACGACGCCACGGACUUGUAUGAUGGAGCCGCAGACUCGCAAGACAGUCGCCAUGCUCGUCCAACGAUCGAGACCGUCGAUCUCGCAAACGAUCUCGACGCGGCCGUCAUUGCCAGCAGAGGGGUCAUCACCCAAUUCACUCAGCUGGGACUCGCUCUGAGCCUCAGAGAUACACAGCGACUUCUUGAAUUCUUCGUCGAAACCAUCAUACCGUCCUACACCUACGGAAGAUCCGAGGUAGCCAUCGGCACCGUCCUUGAUGUCAUGGAGAAUCUGCGAGAUUUGUGGACGGAUCCCAGCAAUGUUGACCUAUACAACCUGGGGCUCGAUGUUUAUGAUUGGUGCACCGGCACGGCGCUCUCCAAUGGCGUGCUGUCACCAAGUGUGCAAAAGCGUCUGGCGUCUCUUCUACUGCAGCUUUGCCGACUCACUGUGGACUAUCCCUCUUCCGAUGAUGAUGGAUCAUCUGGCCAAGAUUCUUCCGCCCGGACGAGUCUUUUCGGACUUCUCAAACAAGGCACUGUGUCUGUACAGUUCCAUUUGGCGGCGCACAUAUCGAAAGUGUUUGGUCGCACGGUCCUCUCACAACAUGAAGCCAUGUUCGAUGAUCUCGUUGAGAGCCUUCCCGAAGAUAUCGACCACAUGGAGGGGAUCGCCAUGAGAUUGCUUUUCUUUGCAAAACUCGGUUCAGAGUGGCACUCCCUUCUGCGACAAUGCGUCUAUUACAUGUUCGAAACCGCCGGCACUGGCUCUGUGUUCCACGCAGCCCGCUGUAUCGCAAACCUGGCCAGUAUGCUUCCCCUCAAGACGCCACGCAAAUUAUUCGCCUUAUUUGCGCCUCAAUUGCUGUUCACCUGGCUGGCCUCUAGCAAGAGCCUUCGCGACAUUCCGUUCGCCGCCUUCCAGUACGCCUCCCUGAAUGAGCUCCUGGUGGACAAUCGCAUCGAGGUCUGCGCUCAGGCUGUCAUGCAUGGUUCUUCAGAAGGCAUCGAUACGUUGUCAAGAGCCCUAAAGAUUCUGCCUCAGGGUGUCAUCAAGCUGUCAUAUGCCAAGUCUGUGGCCUACGCUAUCAGCUGCGAUAUAAAGACCGGCAGUGCACAAGGUUCUUCUGGUGACACAGCCCCCACAGAACACCGCCUGAAAUCAUAUCUGAACAAUCGAGCCGAACAUGUCCCGACACUGGCAGAACAAUGGCCGGCGAUCAUCGGUCACUUCUUCCUCACAUCGCAACAAGAUGAUCCCGAGGACAAAUGGCUCGGGGCCAAACAAGACAACAAGCGUGCCAACGAGCCAGACAACGCUCCUGCACUCGAAGCGAUGCGCAGGAUGAAGGCUUUCGGGCAUUCGAGCCGGACAUUGCCACAAAGCCAGGAGCCCUCCUUCCCAAGCAGCAAUUUGUGGAAAGAAAUCGGCCGUCUUUGCAGGAGACUGGACAUCGAACCCAGUUGUUUGUGGAACCCGUCGACUUUCUCGCUCACUGUUCGAAUGAUAUUGGAUGCCAUGGAUUCAUCUCUGGGUUCCCUGCAUUCCUGCCUGAUGAUACGACGUUUGAGACUUCUAAUAUGCAUGGCAGGCGAGGUUGCGUUCAGCGGCUUCCCCCUGAAGAUGCUCAUACAUUCUCUUCGACCGUUCUUGAACGAUAGCGAGUGUGCCGACGACACACUCGGUAUUCUUCAAUACCUCUUCAACAGCAGCCGGGAGUACCUGCGGGAGCACUUGAAUUUUCUCGCCGGCACAGUGAUACUGCUAGUCCUUCGGUUGAGGAAGCACGCAAAGUCCACUCACAGCAGCACUACGCAAGAGAGCCAGCAUUCCGCUACUGUGCAGAAGAUGCUGGGAUUUCAAAAAUGGCUGGUGGAUUACCUGUCGAGACGUGCGUCGGACGCGAGCUCGCCUGCCUUCGACAGGUUGACCGAGUCCCUGAACUCUCUGCAGCUACCUGGGAAUGCUCGCAAAGACACUCCUGAAAGCAAUCUUUUAUUGUUCUUGCUCGGGCAGUGGUCAGCAGAACAGGCACUUUGCCCGAGAACAGAUUGUCUGGAAGCCAUCGCCAUUCUCGCAGACAAUUUUGAGCCUGCGGAAUCAAUCUCAGAUGAUUGCAUCGGUACGGACAGUGACGCUGUUCUCUACUCACAGGCACUCUGGGACAUCAUCCAGCAGGCAGCAGUGUCUCGAGAAUUCGUACAAUGGUCCGCUCGUGUCCUUGGUCGCGCGUAUGCAGCUACUGGUCAGCGGCCACACGUUGAUGCGGAUGGGACGGGCGCUGACUUGGAACGUCAUCCGCGUACGACAGCGAACGAUCAGAUCACUGUCAACUCUCAAGUCAUUAUCGCCAGACGUUGGUCAGAACUACUAUACUCCAGGUCGCGAAUCGAGGCUGGGCUUGCGGAGCAUUCACUACGAAAAUUGGUCCAGAGACUUAGUAAUUCUGCGACAGAAUUGCGCGUGUUUGUGCAGGUCUUGCCCGAGGAGAUCGACGUCGCCGUCGCAGAUGGAUUCUUCAGCUACGAGCCCCCGUCGAUCGACCAGCGCGCUUUCACAGAUGUACAAGAUGACGCCCUCCGCAGAGCAUUGCACGCCACUGCUGCAAAAUCCAUGGAAGCCUGGACGAAGGAGCUUGCUGUGACUGUGUGCAGGUGGGCCGCCAAUGUUGCAUUAGUUGCGUGCCUAGCGCCGCUGGUCUACAGUGUCUCGGGCCUUGCUGCGGAGCUCCUUCCGAGCAUGCUCCAUAUACUACUGGUCGAUGAGAUGAACCGAAAGAAGACAUUGCAUUCGGAAUUGUCGACUGCCAUUACCGCCUGCUUAGUCGAGACCGAUCCCGCACUGAAGACCAAGCAGCAGUUCUUUCUCAAGCUCCUACUCUACUUGCGCAGCCAGCAAUAUCCUAGGGAAUUAACAAGAUCCGACCGCAUGAAAUGGCUGCAGGUUGAUCCUGUCCUGGCCGCUGCCGCCGCAGCACGUUGUGCCAUGCCGCACUGUGGUCUGCUCCUCGCGGAGUCGAUCCCCCCUGUUGCGCAGUCCAGCAGGCGCACAUCUGGACGUGCGUCGACUUCACAGAUCAUGACUACUCCGGCGCUCGAAAAUGAUUUGCUCCUGUCAAUUUACCGACAACUUGAGGAACCGGACUCGUUCUACGGCGUCCAGCAAUCCGCGUCGCUCGAUACGGUACUCAGCCGUCUUGACCACGAAGCAAAUGGGUUGAGGAGCCUCAUGUUUAGAUCAGCCCAGAUGGACAGUCACAUGCGUCACUCGCAUCGCCUUGCCGAAGAAGAUGCUGUCGGUAUGGUGCACUCCUUGUCGAAUCUCAACUUUAACAGUCUGGCAUUCGCCCUCCUGAACCAAGGCGUGGGAGGUAACGUCAUGACAGCUGGAUCAAUGCUCGAGGCCGCCAAAGCUCUACAGCAGUGGGAUAUUAGUCUGCCCGAGACUCGCGUUGGCGAUGCAUUCACUGCGUUCGGCGUGCUGCAAGAGUUGACAAGAGCUACUGAGCCACGCCAGAUACAAGGAAAGGUCUGCAUGGCAGUGACCGAACAUACUCAGCGCGGGAUCACUGCAGGCAAAUCUUCGAGGCCGUCUCCGUCAUGGUGUGGCGUUCUUGCCUCUCUCACCGAGGUCGAAGCGAUUGUCUCCUCACCUGAACUAGAAGAGAUGACAGCAAGGUGGCAAGCCAUACGAGAGCGGUCGAACUGGAUGCGUAUGGCACGAUACGAAGAUGUCAAAUCGUUGCUGUCAAACAGAGAGACAAUGUUCGGCGUUGUCAGCCAGAACCUGGAGCUCCAGAGAUCUCUACACGUAGGUCAGCCAGAUGCCCGUACCUUCGAGGUCCAGGCUCUGCUUGACCAAUCGAGACUCGCACGUGAGCACGGCCGGCUACAAGAAGCUCUAACUGCUGUUGCCACUCUAAGUGACUUGGUGGAACUCUGCACGAACAACAACCUCAGGGUCGAGGCCGCUGUGAAGCUCGAGACGGCAUCUGUGCUCUGGGAUGCCGGAGAAGCAUCCGCAUCGGUGAAAAUGCUGCAGGAUGUCCUAGGAAUGACAGACCUUGGCAAGCAAACCAUUCCAGUAGGCCGCGCCGGGCUACGCGCUCAACUGGCCCAUCAAUUGGCCGAGGCCCGGUUGGAGAAGCCGGAGGACAUCAUGAGACAUUACUUGAAGCCGGCUAUCAGUGAUAUGAAGUCUGUCAAGACCGGUACCGAAGCUGGCAGAGUGUUUCACGAGUUUGCAAAAUUCUGCGACGAUGAGCUGCAGAAUCCAGGAAACAUCGAAAACUUUACACGUGUGGUCAAACUUCGCCAAGCCAAGCAAGAAGAAGUCGAUGCAUUCAAAGCAGCCCUGAGGACGAAGAAGAGUGCUGGCGACCGCGCCGAUCUGACUCGCUCGCUCAACCUGGAAACAAAAUGGCUCGAGAUGGAUAUUGAGGAAGAGACGAGGCUCAGGGACAGUCGCAACAACUACGUCCAGCAAAGCCUCCAAAACUACCUUCUCGCUUUGCAAGCCUCGGACGCGCACGACAUAUGCGUGCUCAGAUUCUUUGCUUUGUGGCUGGAGCACUCCGAGGAUCCUGGAGCCAACGCAGUCGUGCAAAAGUACCUCCCAGAUGUCCCGAGCUGGAAGUUUGUGCUCCUGAUGAACCAGCUCAUGUCUCGUGUUAGCAAGGAGUCAUCCACGUUCCAAAUGGCAUUAGGUGAGCUGUUGAUCCGCAUCUUCAAGCAACAUCCCUAUCACAGCCUCCAUCAUCUGUUCGCCAACGCAAGGAAUCAACCAAAGAGCGACGAGACGGCCACCAAGUCUCGCCACUCGGGCUCGACGGCAUUUGUAGACCGCCUUUACCAGGAUCCAGUUCAGAAAGACUUCCUCACCCGCCUCUUCUAUUGCAACAAGCUCUACAGAGAUAUCGCAGACAGCUCUCCCGAGGCCAACAAGUCUGGCAAAUUCAAUGUGAGGAGCAUUCCAUCUGCGAAGAAGCUGAUGGAAAAUAUCGUCAGAGCAAAGAUGCCUCCGAUCACGAUCAAUCUGCCCCUGCGCGCUGAUGCACACUAUGAGAUCGUGCCUCUUAUUGGUAAAUUCAGGUCUGAGGGUACGAUCCUUGGUGGAGUUAGCGCGCCCAAGCUCGUCACGGUCGUCGAUAUCAAUGGCAAAGAGUACAAGCAGAUCUUCAAGAACGGCAGAGACGAUCUGCGCCAGGACGCCAUCAUGGAGCAGGUCUUUGAGGAAGUCAGCAAGAUGCUUCGCAAUCACAAAUCGACUCGUCAGCGUGACCUGAAAGUGCGGACAUACAAAGUCAUACCUCUGUCCAAUACCACCGGAGUCAUCGAGUUCGUUGCGAAUUCGGUCCCACUCAUGGAUUACUUGCGGCCAGCACAUCAGCGAUAUCAUCCGAAUGACUACAAAGAGAACAAAGCGCGCGAGAUAAUCAAUAACGCCAAAGACUCUGCCCAGAGUCAUCGGAUUGGCGAAUAUCGAAGGGUAUGCGAGCACAUGCAUCCUGUCCUUCGCCACUUCUUUCUGGAGCGAUUUGAUAAUCCCGACGAGUGGUUUUCGAAGCGUACUGCGUACACGAGGACCACUGCGAGUGUCUCAAUUCUGGGCCACAUCAUCGGGCUAGGUGACAGGCACUGCAGCAAUAUCCUCUUGGACGAAGUGACAGGCGAAGUGGUGCACAUUGAUCUAGGAGUGUCAUUUGAAGCCGGUCGGGUACUGCCCAUUCCCGAACUGGUCCCCUUCCGCCUUACACGGGACAUCAUCGAUGGUAUGGGUAUUACCAAGACCGAAGGUGUUUUCCGUCGAUGCUGCGAAUUCACCCUUGAUGCCGUUCGUGAAGACAAGGACAGCAUCAUGACACUACUGAACGUCUUACGUUACGAUCCCCUGUACAACUGGACGGUCUCGCCUCUGAAGGCAAAGCGUAUGCAGCAAGCGCAAGAUGACAACGGGCGGAAGGGAGUGCAGGAGAGUGAGCCAUCAGCGAGACAGCAGCACCAAGAUGGAGGAGAGUCGGAAAGACCAUUGCAAGUCGUGGAGAACAAACUUUCGAAGACUUUGAGCACGGCGGCGACUGUCAAUGAGCUUAUUCAGCAGGCCACAGAUGAGAGUCAUCUGGCAUGCCUGUUCAGCGGGUGGGGUGCUUACUACUGA